AUGUAUGAUCUGUUUCUGUGUGAGCAGGAGGGAGACAAGCUGAUCCGCCUGUGGAUCCAUGAGGUCUACCGUGUGUUCUACGACCGCCUCAUCGACAACGAGGACAGAGAGACAUUCUUCAACAUUGUAAAGGAGAGGACUUCCGGCUACUUCAAGCAGAGCAUGGAUAAGGUAAGUUCCACAUUACACUUAUUAUACAUUCACAGUUCUUCAUUGUUGGAUGAUCAUUGUCUUUCAAAUUGACCAUGUAUCUUCUGUCAGGCUUCUGCAUUAGUGUAAGUGUGAUUUAUUUAGUGUAGUCUAAUGGUUACUAGUUCAAGAGCAAUGCAGAUGUUAUUUAUUCUAAAUCCAUUCUACUGCCCCCUGUUGUAUGUAGCUGCUGACCCACCUGACGCCUAGCGGUAAGGUUGUGGACGAGACGAUCCGCAGCCUGUUCUUCGGAGACUACGCCAAGCCCGACUCGGACGCCAAGGCCUACGACGAGAUCACCGACCUGCACGUUCUGACCAACGUGAUGGACUACUACCUGGACGAGUUCAACAAUGUCAGCAAGGCGCCCAUGUCCCUUGUCAUGUUCAAGUUUGCCAUCGAGCACAUCUCGCGUAUCUGCCGUGUGCUCAAGCAAAACAACGGGCAUCUUCUCCUGGUGGGCAUCGGGGGUUCAGGACGGCAGAGCGCCACCAAGCUGGGCACCUUCAUCAAUGACUACGACCUCUUCCAGAUCGAGCUAACUAAGGUAACCGGAUCAAGAGAACUCUGAAGGUCAAUGAAUGUAGCUUAGUGAAAAAGAGCGCCACCAUGUGCUGGUCUCCGAUAGAGGUGCCGGUUUAAAUAUAUAGGUAAGAGGACUGAUAAGAGGACUGAUAAUGACCAGCAGGAGACAGGGAUACAAAUCACACUUUAUUGCCACACACCAAAUAGACACACACACACGACUUUACAGAGGAGGUGGUAGUGGUGGUAGUGAUAGUGGUGUAGUGGUUAAUGGUCAAAGACGCUCUAAACACCAGUCAUUGAGUCCAGAAGAAGGAUUUUCCAUGUGGAAAGGGUCCAGAUGUGAGUUGAGGUGGAGGAGAGGAGUUUAUAGAGGUUGUCUCAACCUGCCCUCCUGGAAACAACUAAAGAGUUCAGGGGCAGACCGGGGUCUCCAACCCCAGGUUAGGCCACUGAAUGGCUGACCGGGUUAGCUGACUCUUUACCCUGGCAACUUGGUCCCUAACACAUAGCUGUGAAGUGGGCUUCUGCAGCAGGACAAUAGUCACAGGCUGAGGUCGGGGGUUGGUAGCCUACCUCAGCUGUAAGAAGUCACAAAGUUUGUCUCUAUGUCCCAGGGCCAGAGGGAGGGUUUGAGAGAAGGUUCUGAGAAGUACUCAUGGGCAACUGUAAGGUCAUGCUAAUUAGGCUACUUAUCUUGUGUAGUCUUGAUGAUGGUAUGCAUUUGUAUAUUGUAUGUAUUAUAUCUAUUCCCAUUUGAAUUGUAUGUAAAGCGCUUUUAGUGACCAAUGUACAGUCAGUCCUGCCCAUUCUUUUGCCCUUGUGAUAAAGUCCAUGAAAGUCUGGAAAUAAGUCCAUGAGUUCAAUUCAUUCAUUUAUUCAUUCACCAAGAACUACGGCGUGUCAGAGUGGCGCGACGACCUAAAGCGGUUGAUGCUCAAGGCGGGCCUGCAGGGCAAGAACAUGGUGUUCCUGUUCAAUGACAGCCAGAUCAAGGACGAGGCCUUCGUGGAGGACAUUAACAUGCUGCUCAACACAGGCGAUGUGCCCAACAUCUUCCCAGCCGACGAGCGUGCCGACAUCAUCGACAAGGUGCAGGGCAUUGCCCGCAUGGAGGGCAAGAAGAUCGACGCUACACCGCUCUCCAUGUACAACUUCUUCAUCGAGCGCGUCAAGGCAAACCUCCACAUUGUGCUCGGUGGGUACCUUCAUACAUUUAGUAUUAUUACUAGGUUACCCAUACACAACCUCUUUACUGGUAAUUGUGAUGGUUUCAAUCCCACAUCCAUUGUGGCUUUUAGAGUUACCUUGCUUUAAGAAUCUUUACAGUAUUCAUGUCUAAACAGUGAUGGUGUUUGUCUUUGGACAGCAAUGAGCCCGAUAGGGGAUGCCUUCCGAAACCGGUUGAGGAUGUUCCCCUCCCUCAUCAACUGCUGCACCAUCGACUGGUUCCAGGCCUGGCCUAAAGACGCUCUGGAGAUGGUGGCCAACAAGUUCCUGGAGGAUGUGGAGCUGGAGGACAACGUCAGGCUACAGUAAGAAACGUAUCCACUCAUAACACCCGGCUAGUGUCUCUCUCUGUUGAUUUAGCUACAAGCUACGAAAUGGCUAUGAGCUACUAGGCUGCUAGUAGUCUAUGGUAGGCUACUGGACUAGUUAAUAGUCAAUUUCUCUUCAGGUUUCUGCAAAUUGAUGACCACACACUUGAUGAAAAUGUACAUGAGCUUGACCCUUCUUGUCAAUUUAUUGUGACAGAAAGUCACAUUGUUUACUGUCACAACUCCUCUCCCAUUUCAUGGAGUUUUUUACCAAGUCAUUGUUUUGUGUGUCUCUCAGAGUGGUGGAGAUGUGUAAAACCUUCCAGGAGAGCGUGGGAGGCUUGUCCGAGAGGUACUUCUCUCAACUCAGGAGACACAACUAUGUGACGCCCACAUCCUACCUGGAGCUCAUUCUUACAUACAAGGUCCUGCUCAACUCCAAGAGGAGUGAGGUGGACACUCAGAGAAACCGCUACAUUGUGGGUCUGGAGAAGCUGUACUUUGCUGCAUCUCAGGUGGGAUAGUUUAGUCAACUAAGUCUACUUAUAUAAGGCCCAUUUAUAUUUGCUGAGUUACAAUGCUUUGGUACAGAGUUAACAGAUAACCAAGGUACUAUGGCCUAUUUUGACAUGUGAUUGGCAGAACAAUCCUCAUUGUGGGAAUGAUGAGGCCUCAGUGUACCAUCAUCACGUCUUAAAGAUGCACUAUGCAGAAAUCGCUCCGCCAUUUCCUGGUUGCAAAAAUUUGAGGAGUUUGCAUAAUUUCUGUUUAAAUAAUAAUAAUAAUAUAAUUAUGUGACAAAACAAGCAAGUAUAGUGUAGAGAAUCUAAACACUGUGACAUUUCUUUUCCAUAACCAAAAAUGUUGUAUUUUCAGCUGUUUGAAGCUGGUGUCCAAACCUGAAAGUAAAAGUCAUUUAAACUAAACUUAAGAAUGGGAAGCAUAGAAAUAACGCACAUAGAAUAGAUAUACCACUUCUUAGACUUGCUUUUAAGGAGAAUGACAGCUCUAUAACUCACAUUUCUAUGUGAAGUUGGUCGGGUUGCCCAAAAAGUUACAUAUUGCACCUUUAACCCAUUAUCGUACAAUAAUGCCUAGUUGAUUAAUAAAAAGAGCAAAAACUCACAUCGUAAAGUCCCUAAAUUGACUAACAUGAUGUUACAAGCCUUAAGCACUCUGCCCCUUCCAUCUGAAUGACUCCAUGUUGGUUCCACAGGUGUCGAUAAUGCAGGAGGAGCUGACCGCCCUGCAGCCAGAGCUGAUCCAGACAUCAGCUGAGACAGAUAAGAUGAUGGUCAACAUCGAGAAGGAGACAGUAGUUGUGGAUGCUAAGAAAGAGCUGGUGUUGGCAGAUGAGAAGGUGGCCAACGACGCGGCUGCAGCAGCCAAAGCUAUAAAGGUACGUCUACACUGUCACUUUACAACAUCUUGUAUCAUUCAGAUCAACUCACACUACAAUUAUAAAGACGAUAUACUGUAAAUGACAUAUAUUUGGGGUUGCAUGUUCCAAUUAAAAUUUCCUCUGUAUCUGUAAUGUUAGAACUGCUAGCAAGGAACAACAUUUUGACAGAUGACAUUCGUUUCUGUAUUACAAGUGAGUAACUGCCUGCUGUCUGUGUUCAGGAUGAGUGUGAGGGUGAUCUGGCGGAGGCCAUGCCUGCCCUUGAGGCUGCCUUGUCAGCCCUGGACACCCUGAAACCAUCAGACAUCACAGUGGUCAAGUCCAUGUCGAACCCUCCAGGUCUGGUCAAACUGGUCAUGGAGUCCAUCUGCAUCAUGAAAGGCAUCAAGCCAGAGAGGAAGCCCGAUCCUGGUGGCUCAGGUAAGCACAGAUAAAUCAUUUAUGUAAUAUUAAAUUAUACAGAUGAAACAGGAAAUUAUGUACGUAAGCAGAUACAUUUCUGUAAAUAUGUUUGAAAAAACAUGGGCUUAAUUGUGAAGUAAUGUGUUAUGUUUGAUUAUUUGUGUUACAGGUAAGAUGAUUGAGGACUUCUGGGGCCCCUCCAAGAAGCUCCUGGGAGACAUGAAGUUCCUGGAGAACCUCAAAGCCUACGACAAAGACAACAUCGCCGCCGCCAACAUCAAGAAGAUCCGUGACAAAUUCAUCGACAACCCUGAGUUCCAGCCCUCUAUCAUCAAGAACGUCUCCUCUGCCUGUGAGGGCCUUUGUAAGUGGGUGCGGGCCAUGGAGGUGUACGAGCGUGUGUCCAAAGUGGUGGCCCCCAAGAUAGAGAAGCUGAAGGAGGCUGAGGACGAGCUUGGGGUGCAGAUGCAGAUGCUGUCAGUGAAGAGAGCUGAGCUGAAGGAGGUGGUGGACAAGCUCCAGGACCUGAACGACACGUUCGAGGCCAUGUGCAACAAGAAGAAAGACUUGGAAGAAAAUAUUGAGCUGUGCUCGCAGAAGCUGAUCAGGGCAGAGCAGCUGAUUGGAGGGCUGGGUGGGGAGAAGGAUAGGUGGACGGAGGCAGCCCGGCUGCUGGGGAUCAGGUACACCAACCUGACAGGCGAUGUGCUCCUCUCCUCCGGCACCGUGUCCUACCUGGGGGCCUUCACCGUGGACUACCGUGUGGAAUGCCAGCGGGAGUGGCAUCUGCUCUGCCAGGCCAAGAAGGUGCCAUGCUCUGAGGACUUCACCCUCAGCAACACCCUGGGCAACCAGGUGUCCAUCCGGGCAUGGCAGAUCGCCGGCCUGCCUGUCGACUCCUUCUCCACUGACAACGGCAUCAUCGUGUCCAACUCACGCCGCUGGCCCCUCAUGAUCGACCCGCAGGGCCAGGCCAACAAGUGGAUCAAGAACAUGGAGAAGGCCAACAAGCUGGCCGUCAUCAAGCUGUCAGACGGUAACUAUGUGAGAACACUGGAGAACUCCAUCGCGUUCGGCACCCCUGUUCUGCUGGAGAACAUUGGAGAAGAACUUGAUGCAGUACUGGAACCGGUGCUGCUGAAGCAGACCUUCAGACAGCAAGGCGUGGAGUACAUGAAGCUAGGAGAGAACAUUGUGGAGUACUCCAAAGACUUCCUCUUCUACAUGACCACCAGCCUGAGAAGCCCGCACUACCUCCCCGAGGUGGCAGUUAAAGUCUGCCUGCUCAACUUCAUGAUCACCCCACUGGGUUUGGAGGACCAGCUUCUGGGCAUCGUGGCCGCCAAGGAGAAACCAGAACUAGAAGAGAAGAAGAACCAGCUGAUCCUGGAGAGUGCCGCAAACAACAAGCAGCUGAAGGAGAUUGAGGAUAAAAUCCUAAAAAUCCUGUCUUCCUCAGAGGGUAACAUCCUAGAAGACGAAACGGCCAUCAAGGUCCUGUCUUCCUCCAAGGUGCUGUCCGAGGAGAUCUCGGAGAAGCAGAAGAUCGCCAGUGUCACGGAGAAGGAGAUUGACAACACGCGCAUGGGCUACCGGCCUGUAGCCGAGCACUCGUCCAUCCUGUUCUUCUGCAUCUCGGAGCUGGCCAACAUAGAGCCCAUGUACCAGUACUCACUCACCUGGUUCAUCAACCUCUACCUGCAGUCCAUCGCCCAGAGCUUGAAGAGUGACGACCUGGCCACCCGCAUCGAGAACAUCGUGGAGCACUUCACCAUCAGCAUCUACAACAACGUGUGCCGAUCGCUCUUCGAGAAGGACAAGCUACUCUUCUCCUUGCUCCUCACCGUGGGCAUCAUGCAAGGCAAGGGCCAGGUGGACGACACCAUCUGGCGCUUCCUCCUCACUGGUGGCAUUACUCUGGACAACCCCGACCCCAACCCCGCUCCUGAGUGGCUCUCCGACAAGUCCUGGUCAGAAAUCGUAAGAGCGUCCAAGCUGCCAAACUUAGAAGGUCUCUUCGAGCACGUCCGAGACAACAUUCCCAAGUGGAAGAAGAUCUACGAUUCGGGGAAGCCUCACAAGGAGCAGCUGCCUGACAGCUGGAGGAUGCUGGUGGGGAUGCACCGCAUGGUGGUGCUGCGCUGCUUCAGGCCGGACAAGCUGGUGCCGGCGGUGCAGGAGUUCAUUGUGGACAACAUGGGACGCAGCUACAUUGAGCCACCCACCUUCGAUCUGGCCGGGAGUUACAACGACUCCAACUGCUGCUCUCCUCUCAUCUUUGUGCUCUCUCCGGGAUCUGAUCCCACUGCAGGUAAUUCAUUAGAGAUACCUGUGACUUUUGAGCUGUAUUCUGUGCUUUAACUUAGGUUUUGGAUAUUGAUUUGGGGUUUUUGUGUCCUGCCCAGUUAACUUAUUGAAUUAUGAUGCAUCAAGAAAUUAUUAAAACUAAACUAGUCUUUAACCAACUUUAUAUACAUAUGUUAUACAUCUGCAUUAAAGAGGUCACAUCUGAUUGGAUUUUUGAGUGCUCAAGACUUCAUGCCAGUACUUAAAUGUUCCUUUGGUCUCCAGGUCUGCUAAAGUUUGCUGACGACCUUGAGAUGGGGGGCAGUAAGACCCAGACCAUCUCCCUGGGCCAGGGCCAGGGACCCAUCGCAGCCCUGAUGAUCGAUGCUGCCAUCAAGGAUGGCACCUGGGUGGUGCUACAGAACUGUCAUCUGUGCACCAGCUGGAUGCCCGCCCUGGAGAGGAUCUGUGAGGAGGGCAUCACCCCCGAAAACACCAACCCCACCUUCAGGUCAGCCGUUGCAGUGCAGUGCAGGGGGAGUUUUUAUAGCUAUUAUAGCCAUUGGCCAGGCAGUCUAUUGUGGGUUUGUAAUACUCUGGUUGCUUAUGAUCCUAUACAUUUCUAUUUUCUACAAAUAAAACCAAAGUACAGAGCAACAAAACUAAACCAACACUAUCAUUGCUAACUCCACAGGUUGUGGUUGACCAGUUACCCGUCUGACAAGUUCCCGGUCAGCAUCCUGCAGAACGGGGUGAAGAUGACCAACGAGCCCCCCAAGGGGAUGAGGGCCAACCUGUUCCGCUCCUACGUCAGCGACCCCAUCUCCGACCCCGCCUUCUUCAACAGCUCCAAGAAACAGGAGGCAUGGCAGAAGUUGCUGUUUGGUCUCUGCUUUUUUCAUGCUCUAGUGCAGGAGAGGAGGACCUUCGGACCGCUGGGUGAGACUAACACUCUUGUAUGGUUCUCUUUUCUUUAUUUUUACUCCUUUUUCUUUCAUUUUUUUCAUCCCCUUCCAGUCACUGAAAUGGUAUUUUGGUGUUUUCGCUCAUCCUUUUGGUUCCUUCUCUCUUUCUGGGGAAACACAUUUUCCUCCAGUAUACGUCAUGAUGAAUGAAUAAUGUCACUGCAUUGAAUAUCCUCUCUUAUAACUUGAGUUAAAGGGUCAAAACUUGUGUAAUUGUUUUUAUUUCCGCAUUUGACCCCAAGGUUGGAAUAUCCCGUAUGAGUUCAAUGAGUCUGACCUGAGGAUCAGUAUGACACAGAUCCAGAUGUUCCUGGAUGAGUAUGAGGAGAUUCCUCUGGAGGCCCUCUCCUACCUUACUGGUGAGGCUCUCACAGCUGUGUAAAUAGGUUUAGAGGGAGAGAGAGACUGUAGCACAUAGAAGUAAAAGAGGAUCCUUCUCUGUUUGUAUCAGAGCAUAGGAGGGUUUACUAAUCUGAACUAGUGGAAGACAGACACAUAAAUUCCACUUCUUUCUCUCUCUUUCUCUCUCUCCCUUUCUCUCUCAGGUGAGUGUAACUAUGGUGGCAGGGUGACGGACGACAAGGACAGGCGUCUGCUGGUGUCUCUACUGUCCAUCUUCUACUGCAGGGAGCUGAUAGAGCAGGAACGCUACCACGUGUGUGAGGGAGACCUGUACUAUAUCCCCCCUCACGGACCCUACCAGGUACUACUGUCACCUCCAUCAUCUCUUCAUCCAUUUAUCAUACAAGAUAGUGGACUGUCGUAUCCAUAGUCUAUGAUAUCUUUAUCCUGUUGCCCUUUAAGGUUCAAAUAUUUUUUGUCGCCUUAAUGAUUCAGGGGUCAGGAAGUGCAGUGUUUAGGUUAGGUUUGGGGGUAGAGUGAGCUGAUCCUACAUCUGUGGUUAGGGGCAGUAUACUGGUAUCUGCUUAGUAAUAAUGACAUCUCUAUCCAGCCUAUAUAUAAUUUUGCGGCUUCAUCACUAUCCAAAAACACCAACACAGUCAUGAAGAGGGCACGACAACGCCUCUUCCACCUCAGGAGGGUGAAAAGAUUUGGCAUGGGCCCUUAGAUCCUCAGAAAGUUCUACAGCUGCACCAUUGAAGGCAUCUUGACUGGCUGCAUCACCACUUGGCAAGGCUGCUGGGCUACUCACUCUCACAACGAACAAUCACUCACAAAGGACAAGGGGCAGAGGGAACACUUAUACACAGACUAAUGAGGGAAUGAGUACCAGGUGUGUGUGAUUGACAAGACAAGUCAAGACAAGUGGAGUGAUGAUAAAUGGAGCGGUAGUGGCUAGUAAGCCGGUUACGACGAACACCGAAACCUGCCCGAGCAAGGAGGAGGGGCAGCCUCGGCUGAAUUCGUGACAGUACCCCCCUUCUUGACGCGCAGCUCCAGCAGCGCACCGACACCGGCCUCGGGGACGGCCAGGAGGACACGGAGCAGGGCGAGUCAGAUGGCGACGAUGGAAGUCCCUCAGCAGAGAGGAAUCGAGGACAUCCCUCACCGGAACCCAGCACCGUUCCUCCGGACCGUACCCUUCCCACUCCAUGAGGUACUGAAGGCCCCCCACCCGGCGCCUCGAAUCCAGGAUGGACCGGACAGAGUACGCCGGCGCCCCCUCGAUGUCCAAAGGAGGUGGAGGGACCUCCCGCACCUCAGACUCCUGGAGCGGACCAGCCACCACCGGCCUGAGGAGAGACACAUGAAACAAGGGGUUAAUACGGUAAUCAGGGGGAAGUAAUAACCUAUAUGUGACCUCGUUGAUUCUCCUCAGGACUUUGAACGGCCCUACAAACUGCAGGCUCAUCUUCCGGCAGGGUAGGCGGAGGGGCAGAUUCUGGGUUGAGAGCCAGACCCAAUCCCCCGGUACAAAGACGGGAGCCUUCUGAUGACACACAGCGCAUUGGAGGUGAACAUGGGCAGCGUUCCACGUCUCCUCCGCGCGCCGAAACCAGUCAUCCACCGCAGGAGCUUCGGUCUGGCUCUGGUGCCACGGUGCCAGAACCGGUUGGUAACCUAAAACACAUUGGAAUGGCGUUAGGUUUGUAGAGGAGUGGCGGAGAGAGUUCUGGGCAUAUUCUGCCCAUGGCAGGAACACCGACCACUCCCCCGGCCGGUCCUGGCAAUAGGACCUCAGGAACCUACUCACAUCCUGAUUAACCCGUUCCACCUGCCCAUUACUCUCAGGGUGGAACCCAGAGGUCAGGCUGACCAAGACUCCCAGACGUUCCAUGAACGCCUUCCAGACAUUUGACGUGAACUGGGGACCUCGGUCAGACACUAUAUCCUCUGGUACCCCGUUGUGCCGGAAGACGUGUGUAAACAGGGCCUCCGCAGUUUGCAGAGCCAUGGGGAGACCGGGCAGAGGAUGGAGGCGGCAGGCCUUCGAAAGGCGAUCCACAAUGACCAGGAUGGUGGUGUUCCCUUGAGAGAGAGGCAGAUCAGUUAAAAAAUCAACACUCAAAUGAGACCAUGGUUGUUGUGGAACUGGUAAAGGUUUUAACUUACCCGCUGGGAGGUGCCUAGGUGCCUUACUCUGGGCGCACACCGAGCAGGAGGAAACAUACACCCUCACGUCCUUAGCCAUGGUAGGCCACCAGUACUUUUCGGUCAGGCAGCGCACUGUACGACCGAUACCUGGGUGACCAGAGGAGGGUGACGUGUGUGCCCAGUAGAUCAGACGAUCACGGAUAAGCGCAGGCACGUACUGCAGCCCAGCUGGACACUGCGGUGGAGAUGGAUCUGUGCGUAAUGCCUGCACUAUAUCCGCGUCCAUCGCCCAUACUACCGGCGCCACAAUGCAGGAGUCUGGCAGUAUGGGGGUAUUGUCUCUGGGCCUCUCCUCUGUAUCAUACAGCCGGGACAGUGCGUCUUCCUUCACGUUCUUCGUACCCGGAAUGUAUGACAGUGUGAAAUCAAACCGGGUGAAGAAUAGGGCCCACCUGGCCUGGCGAGGGUUCAGCCUCCUCGCUGCCCGGAUGUACUCCAGGUUACGGUGGUCUGUCCAGACGAGGAAUGGGUGUUUCGCCCCCUCGAGGCAAUGUCUCCACACUGUCAGAGCUCGGACAACAGCCAACAGCUCCCGAUCACCAACGCCGUAGUUCUACUCCGCCGGGCUGAGCUUCUUUGAGAAGAACGCACAGGGGCGGAGCUUGGGUGGCGUGCCCGAGCGUUGAGGCAGGACUGCUCCCAUCCCAACCUCGGACACAUCCACCUCCACUACGAACGGUAGUGAUGGAUCGGGGUGGGCCAGUACCAGGGCCGAGGUGAACAGUUUCCUCAGGUUACUGAAGGCAGACCAGCAGAGCAGGGACAGCCCACCCUUCAACAGAGAUGUAAUGGGAGCUGCGACCUUGCCAAAGCCCCGGAUAAACCUCUGGUAAUAGUUGGCGAAGCCAAGGAAGCGCUGCACCUCCUUUACCGUGGUUGGAGUUGGCCAAUUAUGCACGGCUGCAUUGCGGCCGUCCUCCAUCUCCACACCUGUGGUAGAAAUGCGGUAUCCGAGGAAGGAGACGGACUGCUGGAAAAACGUACACUUUUCUGCCUUAGCAUAAAGGUCAUUUUCCAACAGUCGGGCCAGUACUUUGCGAACCAGGGACACAUGCUUGGCGCGCGUAGCGGAAUACAACAACAUGUCGUCGAUGUAGACCACUACACCGUGAGCAUGUCCCGAAACACAUAAUUCACAAAGGACUGGAAGACUGAGGGAGCAUUCAUCAAACCAUAGGGCAUCACCAGGUAUUCAUACUGCCCCAUGGUUGUGCUGAAUGCUGUCUUCCACUCAUCUCCCUCUCGGAUACGCACCAGGUUGUACGCACUCCUGAGAUCUAAUUUAGUGAAGAAGCGCGCUCCAUGCUAUGACUGGAACCACUGACGGAAUGAGGGGGAGAGGAUAACUAAAUCUAAUCGUCUCCUUGUUCAGUGGUCGAUAGUCAAUGCACGGGUCGCAGACCGCCAUCUUUCUUUUUCACAAAAAAGAAACUUGAGGAGGCGGGUGAAGUGGAUGGACGUAUGUACCCCUGGUGCAGGGACUCGGUGACGUAUGUUUCCAUAGCCUCCGUCUCCGCCUGCGACAGGGGAUACACAUGACUCCUGGGAGGUACAGCGUCUACCCGAAGGUUUAUUGCGCAAUCCCCCGCCCGAUGAGGUGGUAAUUUAGUCGCUUUAUUUUCAGAGAAGACUUGUGCCAGAUCAUGGUAUUCGGGGGGAAUGCGCACGGUGGAGGCACCGUCUGGACUUUCCACCGUGGUUGCACCAACGGAAACACCCAUAUACCUACCCUGACACUCUCGCGACCACCCCGUGAGAACCCUCUGCGGCCAUGAGGAAGUGGGGUUGUGGAGUGCUAGCCAUGGAAUACCUAACACCACAGGGAAAGCAGGAGACUCAAUGAUGGAAAAAGUGACCUGCUCACAUUGCGUCUCCUGUGUGAUCAUGGUGACUGGUACCGUGACUUCCUUUAUCAACCCGGACCCUAAUGGUCGACUAUCAAGUGCUCUGAUGGGGCGUGGAAUGGAUAGGGGAACUAAUGAAAUGCCCUGGUGGCGUGCAAAAGUUUUGUCCAUAAAGUUCCCAGCUGCGCCUGAAUCGACUAGCUCCUUACACUGGGGAACUCUCAUGUGAUCAGGGAAAUAUAUGGGUAUAGUACAGUGCUCAGCAGAGGGCUCUGAACAAGAGUGGGUGCUCAAUACCUGGGGUGAUGCGAGAGUGCCCUGCCGGCCGCCUCCUGACCCAAAAGAGCGCUGACGACAACGUGUGGUGGAAUGUCCCUUCGUGCCAUCUGAGUGGCACUGGCACUGUCGUCCUCCGCUCUCUCGGUGUGCGGUAACACCCAGCUCCAUGAGCUCUGGAUCCGCGUCGGUCGGGGCGGGAACGGGCAGACCUCCUCCAGGACGUCCUCUGGUUGCAAGCAGGUUAUCUAGACGAAUGGCCAUGUCCACCAGUUCGGUAAAAGACACACUGGUGUCACAGCAGGCUAGCUCCUGUCAGACGUCCUCCCGUAGGUGGCACCGGAACUGGUUGAUCAGGGCCCGCUCAUUCCACCCGGACCCUGCUGCCAGGAUCCGGAACUCCAGCGCGAACUCCUGUACUGUCCUCGUCCCCUGCCUCUUUUAUUAUUAUGUGUUUUACUUUUCUAUUAUUUCUCUAUUUUCUUUCUCUGCAUUGUUGGGAAGGGCCCGUAAGUUAGCAUUCACUGUUAGUCCACACCUUUUGUUACGAAGCAUGUGACUAAUACAAUUUUAUUGGAUUUGAACUCAUUUGUACUGUUUCUCUUUUCAAGACCUAUGUUGAUUACAUCCGCAACCUACCCAUCGCAGCGGAACCUGGCGUGUUUGGACUCCACAGCAAUGCUGACAUCACCAAGGAUAACCAGGAGACCAAUCAGCUGCUGGAUGGAGUGCUUCUGACUCUGCCCAGGCAGACUGGAGGCGGGGCUAAAUCCCCUCAGGUUAGUUGGACAGUGGACACUAGGGUUGAAUGGCGGGAACCCGGUUACCGAGAUUUACCGGGAUUUACCGCCCAAAACCACUCACUUUUUCCGGGAGAAAUAACUGUGAGAAACCAGUAAAUUAUAAUAAAUGAUUUAUAAGAACAGCAUGGCGUGAAAUGGAACUGUUAAAUUAUAAGCGAUGUCUAAAUCUGGCUUCUCUACGGCCUCUGCAUGAUGAAUCACCAACGCUCAGGGUGGGGACAGACAACCCAUCUCAGUAUGGAGCGCAGUUCACAAUACAUGUAGACCUAUCAUCUCAUCAUGGUAACUUUUUUUUGUGACAGGUAGGCCUGCAUUUGCUGCAGCAAAGCCUAUACUACAGUAAUAUAAAGACUGAAUGCGCGUCUAAUUUACCCAUCUGUGAUGGGUGAUUUGAAGGAGUCAGGCACAGGAGGGUAAAUCACAGAAUACAGAGUUUAUUCCGGAAUAAAGCGUUACGCAGAAUAGCGUCAAACAGUCCAGUGCGCAAAACAGGCGCACUGGAACAAAACAGGCACAAGGGGAAAAUAUACCCCGGCAAUACAAAAUACACAGAGCUCAACCGAGCUACACUCUCCUCACAUUAAACAAUCACCCAUAAGGACAAGGGAACACUUAUACAUGUACUAAUGAGGGGAUAUGAACCAGGUGUGUGUAAUAGACAAGACAAAACAAAUGGAAUGAUGAGAUGUGAUGCGGCAGUGGCUAGAAGGCCGGUGACGACGAACGCCGAAGCCUGUCCGAACAAGGAGAAGAGGCAGCUUCAGAGGAAGUCGUGACACCAUCUCCAUCUGGCUUACGUGGGUCACCUUAUUUUUUUAUUGUAAAUAAAUAAAUAAAAUAUUGCAGCUGCAGAGUUUUAAAACAGCCUAUCACUCGAAUAUCAUUGCUUUAAAUCAGUGCACACGCGAGCACUCUCUCGCAGUCUUUCUCUCUCUCCAUCAACUCCAUUCAAAUUGCAUCCAAAAUACAUAAUAUUGUUCUAGAUUGAUAUAUAGCCCUAUAUAUAGAUGUCCUAGCCUCUAUUUCAGGUAAAAAAUGCAAUGCAGUAUUAGCCAUAUAUUCGGCUAAUUAAUGAUGGGUUAUGCAUAAUAAGCUUCUAACUUAUAGCCUCUGUCUCUUGCGCAAUACACACGCACCUGUGCUCCGCUGGCCUCUCUCCUUGUUGCGGUGACCGUAUUACCGCCACACCGGCGGUCACGAGUCAUGAAGGCAGUCAAAUUCCAUGUGACCGUUUAGUCACAGUAAUUAGGCUUCUCCAAGCUCUGAUGCUGCUCAUGGUCAUUAGUAGCCUACCAAACUUGCUAACUGCCUGGUACUCAGCACUCUAUUGUCCCUCUAAUCACUCUGACAUCAAUGCAAAUGUAAUCGGAAAUCUAAUCAAACACUUAAUGAGAGCCCAUGAGCUCAUGUUGCGCAACAUUUCUAUAGGCUAUGCAAUUGCGUGAGAAAACAGUGUGAUGGUCUCUACUAAAUAGAGGAGGAUCCCAUCAGCUUUCAAUAGGAUAGGCCUACUAUAUUUAUUUCUCAACUUUCCUACUAUUAAGCACAUUGCUUAUCUUUACAACAUGAGUAUAGCCUACCUGGCUGGCAUGAAAAUGAAUCACAGGAAAAGCGUCUUCCAUCCGCUAUUUAAGUGCAUAGAUGACAUGUAUUUCUUCCCCCUGCCCCUAUUUCAAGACUUGUGCAUGAAAAUGGUCCAUUCUAAAUCAAAACAAAUCUCACACAUAUAUUAUUUAGUAUAUGUAAAGACAAGAUUAAAUCAAGAAUAGUCUGAUGGGUGACAAUAUUAGCCUAUCAAUUGUGAAUGAUAUAUAAUCUGUCACUGGUGUAGAGAGGAGUAGGCAGGAGGCAGUCGGAGGUUUAGAACUACUGAAUUUAUUUAAGCACCAUAGAUCAAAGCGGGACGAAACCCAAACGCUGUUGUGCUCAAAAUAUAUCUUAAUAAACAAAAAGGCAAAGGGUGAACCCAAAGUGCAAAAUAUAAAGUACUCAGGAAAUAGUAGAAGAGAUUCCUCUCAGGAAAACAAGUAACAUUUACAAUGACCGACAAAGACAAAUGGCAGAGGGAGUAUAUAUACAGUGAGAGAGUGGGGAUUGGAACCAGGUGUGUGUAAUGAUGACGAGACAAGUCCGGGGUUGAGGAGUGAAGGGCGUUUGCCAGCAGUAGGUUCGGCAGCAGCUAGAAGGCUGGCGACGCCGAAUGUCUGAGCUGGACAGAAGGGGGAGCCAAAGCGAAGGCUGGUGUGACAUUAUCACUUGUGAAUGAUGCCCAGCAUAAGAAACAGCCUUUUUUCUGCGACUUUCUCAAAUCAUAUUCGCACACCAGCCUUCAUGUAGCCUAGCCCAUAGGCCUAUAUGUUUUGAUAAGGUUUGUAUCACAACUAAAGUGGCCAAAAAACCUCUUAAAAUUAAGCACAUUCAUCUGCUUUACAAGGGGUUUAGAGCCUAACUGGCAUACAUAAGCAGCGCGAGAGUUUCAAGUUUGGGGAAGAUCAUUUUCACCGUAAAAAUGCACCUUUAUAAUAAAAGCAUUACAUGCAUAAUCGCAUUUGCGCUCACUUUUGGUAAUGGUGUUUUCCCGUUAAUAGAACAUUCCCGCUUAUAACCUACUGCUAUGUGUGCAUUGCUGCGCAUAUAAUGUGAAGAAAUAGCCUAAUAGUUUAUCAAAAUUUUAAGCUAAACGUUCUGAUCUGUUGUGUCAGCCACCUUGCGUAAAAAAUUGUUUGGGGAUGCUAGUGGUUGUAUUAAUUUGGGAUCUAUUGCAUCCCACAACUGUCCCAGACUAUGUUUGGAAUAUUUAUUUAUUGCACAGAAUAGAAUAGGUCGACUUUUGUACAAUGGGGGAUAGUAGAUUGACAUAGGCUAGUGCUUUUGCUGUUCGUUAGGCCUACUCAUCUUGUUGGCUGAUGAAAAGUAAAUGUGGACAGUUCUUCCAAUAUCUUCAAUAUGCACCACGGAAUUGGAUAAGGACGCGCACAGUUGCAUCCCCGAUGUGUCUGUCUUCACUUGUAGCCUGUGAGAAAGACCCGAUCACGUGAUGGAGCACGCAGCACUCAGGGAGAAGGGUACAACAAAGACAUGGAUUUUUUUUGGGUGCAUUACAGCCACAAAGGGGAUGCCGCUGUGAAAUUAGAGGCAUUAUCAAGUGCUUGUCUAAUGAAGUGAGUAUAGCCAGCGCAAAAAACAAAGCAGAGCUCGUGCCUUUAUUAGAGUCGCAUCAUGCAGCCUUAAAAUGUAUUAAAAAUCUAAACAUAUAGCCAAACGUUUGUAGAACAGCUACAGUUACAUGAAUAACUCUAAAUUAAGCAUAUAGGAGUACCUAUUUCUUUGUUAACCACUCAACACAGAAUAGUCGCAUGUGCGCACUCCCUCAAAUCGUUUGGAGAAAAUAUUUAUAUUUUAUUCAGCUUUGUUCAAUUGUAUUCUUCAUACUAUAAAGUAAUAUAAAAUAAUGCCAUGGAAUUCUAAGCUAAUCUUGUCUGCUAAAUGAACUAGUGUAGCCCACAGCAAUUUGGCAUAGCCACAUCAGGACCUAACAUAAGGACAACUCAGAGUAUGCUAUUCUGUUCUUCUGAAAAGGGAUGUAGCUCAGUUGGUAGAGCAUGGCGUUUGCAACGCCAGGGUUGUGGGUUUGAUUCCCACGGGGGGCCAGUAUGUAAAAAUAAUGUAUGCACUCACUAACUGUAAGUUAUGAAAGAUACUGUAUAUAUGCGUCAGCCUACUAAUUAUACAAAUAGGCCCUAUUAUAUUUCAAAAUUAAAAUCAAAUCUGCUAGCCUAUACUCGCAUGUUCUCUCCCUGCUUUAUCAUGGUUUGAACUAUGUGCGUAAUUCCAGUCAUAUAAUCCAGUAUAAUACAAUACAGUAAUACAGUCCACACUCAAAUAGAUUAGCCUACUGGAGCUAGUUUCAUUUAUUUACCCAAGAGAGCAUAUAGCUAGCUACAUCUAUGGGCUUUUAUGUUUUUCUGUCGUGUGUAAUGUGCAGUAGCCUAUAUCAUAUAUGUUUUGGAUAACGGCACAAUCAGUUGGGCUUUUUUGAGCUUGGGAUCAUUACAUUUCUUUAAUGUAGGGCUCCUAAAAUGUAUUUAAUGUAUGGCUCAUCAGUCUCAGGUAGCAUCAGGGUUGAAUUUUUGAUCAAAGCUCUAAUCAAAUCCAGACAUAGGCCUAUUUAUAUGCUUUAUAACGCUUUUGAAUGACACUUCCGGUUUUGGCGGGAAAUACUACCCGGGAGAAAAGUGAUUUAUUCUCGGGAUGGAACAUUUGUAAAAUACCGGGAUAAUAUUCAACCCUGGUGGACACAUUCUCUGUGUGAUCAAAACCUGUACAUUCUCACAGACCGGCACUUUAUGUGGAUAAGAGGUUGUGAUGCCUCAGAACAAGCCAUGAUAUGUCAGCUCUGUACAUUAGCUUAAAUUGUUUUGUAUUUAUUAUACUGGUAGUUAUAUCUCUUUGAUUACUACAGGAAGUGGUUGAUGAGCUUGCGGAAGACAUCCUGUCCAAGCUGCCAGCGGACUUUGACAUCCAGAUGGUGAUUAACAAAUACCCAGUGAUGUAUGAGGAGUCCAUGAACACUGUGCUGAGACAGGAACUGAUCCGCUUCAACAGGUAGAUAUCAUGAUCUGGAUUAAAGAAACUGGGGUCAGGAAGUGUAGCCUUUCAAAUUGAUACAAUGAAUGCACUCUUAUAAGACUUACUCUACAUCUGGCCAUGGAAAUUGGAGUCUUAUGGUCAAUUGAUUAAAAGCAAAGUCAAAUGUUUUGUGUCCCACAUAGGGUUGCAAAGGGACGGUAUAUUACUGGUAACGUUCAAGGAUUUUAUGGACUUUUCAUCACAUGACAUUUAGUGGCCUUUUUGGAUACUUCAGAUUAUCACAGGUGUCUAUAAUUAUCUCUGACCCUCUGUGUGGCCUUAUCUGUCCCACUAUUGUUUGUGGAGAUAUGCUCUGAUGAAGGUCGACUGACCGAAAGCUCAGCCUCUAUUCAAAUAAAUGGGCAUCUGACUGGAAGUGUGCAGAGACUUUUUCCUGUUUCUCCAGUUUAGCAUUUUGCCUCCAGCACCUUCGCUAAUCGGUAUAUUCUGCCUAUUAUCUACAUGGAAUUUCCAUCACAUGUAAAAUAUAUAAAAUAAUAAAAAAUAGAAUGACAAAGCUGUAAAACAUUAUCCUAAAAAUAACCCUUCAACUUAGUGAAUACCAUUGGUGUUUAAUAUUAGGGUUUCAGCAUGAAAUAUCCUUCACAUUUUGAUACACUUUUACUUAUUUUACUAUGUCAAUUUGUCUUUAUUGUAAAUAUUUUGGCGCCAAACUGGUGGCAGUUGUGAAAGUAGUCUAUAGGUGGUAGCGUUUCAGAGUUAACUGAAAAUAAUGCCAUUGUUGAUUAGAUGCUUCUUUCAUUAAUUCGGCUAUUUUCUCUUAAACCAUAUGGUCUAUCCACAAGAAGUUAUUCAAAUAUAAAUGACCAACGUUACCAUAGAUUGCCAUAGAUUACCAUAGAUUUGGUAAAUUGCCGGUAGUUUUACAACACUAGUCCCACAUUUAAUGACCACUAUAAGCAGUUGAUUUGUACUCUGUGUACAGGCAGUCAUUACUACACGGUCAUUACAUGCCUUUUUGGCUAUGAGGAAUUUGGGUUGGCAAUUAUGAAGUGUUUAUAACAUGCUGAUAAUGAUGCUUUGACCCCCCUCAGGUUAACUCAGGUGGUACGCAUCAGUCUGAUAAACAUCGGAAAGGCUCUCAAGGGUCAGGUGGUGAUGUCUUCUGAGCUGGAGAACGUCUUCAACAGUAUGGUGGUGGGCAAGGUGCCAACCAUGUGGUCGGCCAAGUCCUACCCGUCUCUGAAGCCUCUGGGCAGCUAUGUGUCCGACCUCCUCGCCAGACUAAAGUUUCUACAGGUCAGUUAUGAUCAUCAAGAGAGUGAGGGUCCUGAGCUGCUCAACCCCAACAAUACACAUUCAAAUGUGUUUGUAUGUUAUGUUAAAUUAAAGUUGUUUUGAGGACAGGGAUUUUGUUUCCUGUGAAACUGAUACUUCUGAAAGACACAAAUACUGAUGGAUGGGAGUUGGGCUAUGUGUUUGACAGGACUGGAUCAACAAUGGGCCACCACCAGUCUUUUGGGUCUCUGGGUUCUACUUUACUCAGUCCUUCCUCACGGGAGUAUCUCAGAACUUUGCCCGGAAGUACACCGUCCCCAUCGACUUCAUCGGCUUUGAAUUUGAAGUAAGGGAGUACAAUGAACUACAAUGUAAACCUCAUCUAUGUGUCCAGUGGAUGCAUGAUAUGACAUAACUUCCCUAUCUCUAUCAGGUGACCAAGCAAGAGACCCACAUGGAGAAGAAGCCAUAUGAUGGGGCCUACGUGAAGGGGUUCUUCCUGGAGGGGGCACGCUGGGACCGGGAGAAGAUGGUCAUAGGAGAGUCCCUCCCCAAGAUCCUCUUCGACCCCCUGCCCAUCAUCUGGCUCAGGCCAGGGGAGAUGUCAAAGUUCCUGCAUGAGAACAUCUACGUGUGUCCCGUGUACAAGACCAGCGCCCGGCGCGGAACUCUGUCCACCACGGGCCACUCCACCAACUACGUAAUGCCUAUCGAGCUGCCCUCCGACCGGCCUCAGAAACAUUGGAUCAACCGCGGGGUGGCCUGUCUGUGCCAGCUGGAUGACUAG